GGCUCCAGCGCGCUCCGCCUCAGCCUGGCUGGCGGUUUAAAGAUGGCGGCGGCAGCGCUCGUGCCCCGCGUUCCCUGACGGACGGACGGACGGAAGGGCGGAAGGACGGAAGGACGGGAAGGCGGACGGGCUGAUAAGCGGAAGGAGCGAGGCGGCCGCGUCAGCGGGAGCGGAGCGGCUCAUGCCCAGGUUGAAAGAAGAAAAGGAACUUGACUGAAGAGCACUCCCUCCGCCUGUCUUCAGCUGUUUAAGCUGAAUGCAUUGUGAUUUCCAAUAAUUGAGACAGUGAUUCUAAAAGCUGUCUACAUUAAUGAAAAGAACAAUGUAGUCAGCUUAGCUAAGUCAUCAGUGUUGCCUAUUGACUAACUCGAUGGAUUUUUGCAUGUUAGGAGAAUAGAUUGAUAUAACUAAGUUUUGGGUCUUUUAAAGUGGUCAUUUUAAGAGUAUUUAAGAGAUGGAUACAUUGGAAAGCAUAGCUCCUCUCCAACAAGAGUUGACAAGAGAAUUGAUUGUGGAAAACCACCUUUAUCUCCCGCCACUGCCUCCUAGCGAAGAGCCUCCACCACCUCCCCUGCAAACGUCCAGUGACGCAGACGUAAUGGACGUUGGCUCUGGUGGUGCUGGACAGUCAGAUACCCCUGCUGGGGACAUGUACGCCCACUUCGGACCCCAGCUUCUCACCAAAGGAUCUGCUCCCUACAAGAGCCGUCUCUGCAUAGACCCAGACAACUGCGACUUAAGCCCAAGAACAGCUCGCCAUGCCCCUUUAGUUAGAAAAUUCAUCCCAGAUCUUAGGUUGCUUAAGGACGUCAAGAUUAGCGUAAGCUUUACAGAAAGCUGCAAAAGCAAAGACAGAAAGGUUCUUUAUACUGGAGCUGAGCCAGACGAUAAGGCCGAGGCAGCUUUUAGUAUAAAUGAUGUCAAAGGAGAUUUUCAUGUGUGUCCUUUUGAUGGUAGUCAUGGGAACAUAGUAGGAGUAGUGGGUGAAAGUGUAGACAAGAGGGACGAGGAAAAUGAGAUUGAUCAGGAAAAGAGAGUGGAGUAUGCAGUGCUGGAUGAGUUAGAAGAUUUUACUGACAAUAUGGAGAUAGAGGAAGAAACAGGAGGGUUCACAGCUAAAGCAAUUUCCCAACGAGAUAAAGUGGAUGAAGACACCUUGAAUUUCUCCUAUGAGGACGAUUUUGACAAUGAUGUGGAUGCGCUCCUAGAAGAGGGUCUUUGUGCCCCUAAAAAGAGAAAAAUUGAAGAGAAAUAUGGAGGGGAGAGUGAUCACCUGUCUGAUGGAGAAACGACUGUGCAGCCAAUGAUGACCAAAAUAAAGACUGUCCUUAAAAGCCGUGGCCGCCCGCCUACAGAACCGUUACCUGAUGGAUGGAUCAUGACAUUCCAUAACUCUGGAAUUCCUGUCUAUCUGCAUAGAGAAUCUAGGGUUGUUACCUGGUCCAGACCAUACUUCUUAGGAACAGGAAGCAUAAGGAAACAUGAUCCUCCCCUGAGCAGCAUUCCUUGUCUACAUUAUAAGAAGAUGAAGGACAACGAGGAAAGAGAACUCAGUAAUGACAUCACUCCAAUUGGGGAUGCCUCCCCAAUCAAAUCCCUGGACAAGGCUUCCGAGUUGGACAGCCAGAAUGAGGAGCCAGACUCCACAGCAGUGGACUCUGGGUCUCUCGAUGAGAAAGAACCUUUAGGGGGAGACACAGCCCAAGGAGCCUUAGGACAAGUGAAGGCCAAAGUGGAAGUGUGUAAAGAUGAAUCUGUUGAUCUUGAGGACUUUCGAAACUAUCUGGAAAAGCGUUUUGAUUUUGAGCAAGUAACUGUGAAAAAGUUCAGGACUUGGGCAGAAAGACGCCAAUUCAAUCGUGAAAUGAAGCGUAAGCAGGCAGAAUCUGAGAGGCCCAUCUUGCCAGCAAACCAGAAACUCAUUACUUUGUCUGUGCAUGAUGCGCCUACAAAGAAAGAAUUUGUUAUUAACCCCAAUGGGAAGUCUGAAGUCUGCAUUCUGCACGAAUACAUGCAGCGAGUCCUCAAGGUUCGCCCUGUUUACACUUUCUUUGAAUGUGAGAACCCAAGUGAGCCUUUUGGAGCCUCAGUGACUAUUGAUGGAGUGACCUAUGGGGCUGGAACUGCAAGCAGCAAAAAGCUUGCAAAGAACAAAGCUGCCCGAGCCACACUGGAAAUUCUCAUCCCUGACUUUGUUAAGCAGACCUCUGACGAGAAACCCAAAGACAGUGAAGAACUGGAGUAUUUUAACCAUAUCAGUAUUGAAGACUCGAGGGUGUAUGAACUGACCAGCAAGGCCGGACUUUUGUCACCCUAUCAGAUUCUCCACGAGUGCCUUAAAAGAAACCAUGGGAUGGGCGACACAACCAUCAAGUUUGAAGUGAUCCCUGGGAAAAACCAGAAGAGUGAAUAUGUGAUGACUUGUGGGAAGCAUACUGUCCGAGGCUGGUGUAAAAACAAGAGAGUUGGGAAACAAUUAGCCUCUCAGAAAAUCCUUCAACUGCUUCAUCCACACGUCAAAAAUUGGGGCUCUCUAUUGCGCAUGUACGGCCGAGAGAGCAACAAGAUGGUGAAACAGGAAAUGUCAGAUAAAAGUGUGAUUGAACUUCAGCAGUAUGCCAAAAAGAACAAGCCAAACCUACACAUUCUGAACAAGCUGCAGGAAGAGAUGAAGAAGCUGGCCCAGGAGCGGGAAGAAACCCGGAAGAAGCCCAAGAUGACCAUAGUUGAGUCAGCUCAGCCCGGCAGUGAGCCUCUGUGCACAGUUGAUGUGUAACCAGCAGCUGAAGUGGGGAGCAAUGAGACAAGCAGCCUGAGGCCCCUGGGAGCCUUGCACGGCGGGCUGCUCUUCAGAGAUGCGUCCUUCUGUUUCUGCCCCAUCGGGCCCCUGACAUUCACCCCCAACUUGUUACCUCUUAGGAGUCAUGUUUAAAUGAUUGAUCAAAAAGGAAAAAAGGGCUCUGGGGGGGCCCCCAUGAAAAGAUGCUAACAAAGUACCCUUCGCUACAGACCUUGUUAUAUAGCAAGUGCUUGGUCCUUGACAGUCACCCACAGUAUCUGCACUGGAUGGGUGUUUGUGGGUCCGAUUCCGAGUGUGUACAGUUUGGAGCAGAUAUAUUAGAGAUAUAUGAAGAGAUACAGGCUUCUGUGUAUGUGCCUCAAACUAUUUUUAUGGAAGGUUUUGUUGCAUUUCGGCUCGUAACAGUAUGCACUGGGAGAGUCUUUGAUGCCAGAGAAAAGGACUGAUAAGCAAGGAGCCCUGUUCCAAAUCCGGGCUCAUCCAGGUGGAGCCCUAACACACCUGGGGCCUCACUUGAAGAGCAGGACGAGCUCCUGGCUUUAAAUCCUAAACCAAAAUGACUCAUAAACUUGACAGGUUUGAUUCUCCCCCACCCCCCACCCUGACUCUUCUUUUUAAAAAACCACAUUGGAAGAGCUGUAAUGAGUGAUUAAUUGUAGCAGUGAGAUGCUUUUUGGAUCUUAGAGAAAUAUUAGCUGAAGACAAUUAUUCAUUUAACUGCAAUCCUCUGCCAGUGCAUAAGUUACAAACUGAAGCCAGAAUUGGCUGAUUUUAAUGGGUUUAUUGCCUUGAGUGCAUUUUUGUUUUUCUACCCAGGUCUUAAAACCCUUAAAAAGAGACUCAAAAACAAAAACACCAAGACUCCCCUUUCUCUCCCUCUUUUCCUUCGUUGGCACCCAGCACAAGUUUUUAGGGACUUGAUUUUUCUCAGCAUGUGGCUGGCAGUGGAGAUGUGCUGUAAUGCUUUGGUGAGAUUUUUGUACUGUUCUUGACAAGGAGCUUUGGCCUUGAUGUGUGCAGCAUGUUAGUGACAAUGAAUUACUGCAUUCAGGGGUGUUGACAUUUGUGGGGAUUUCACACUGGUUAAGAGGUAGCCUGAUGUAGUCCGGUCUGCUUUGAUGUCCAGCUAAGAGCUGCUUGGGGCACAAGGGGUGCCUCACCUCCCGAGGCAGUUGGGCUUUGUGGCUAGUACCCUGCACCACCCUGCAGGGACCAUUGGUCCUCCUGUCAAGCCUUUGAGGUGUUGCACACAUCUUACUGUACCCACAAGAGGCCUGGGUUGCAGAAGCUUGUCUGAGCAGGACUCCUGAGGAGCGGCCUUCCCCUCAGUCUGGGAAAGGCCGGUCUGCUCCACUGCCUGACCCAGAUGUUAUGGGGUGAGGACCUCUCCCCUGCAGACAAGCAGCACUCGCUUGCCCAUGGUCCUUGUUUGCAAGAUGGGGGGUGGGGGUACCUUGAUCUCCACUGGUGGACAGGCCUUUUUGGCUGUGGGUUAGAUGAGCCUGGCAGGUCUUAGAAGAAUCUCAUGGUUUGUGUGAAAUUUUAAGAAUCGUGGUCUGUUCUUCAGUGUAGAAAAUGAGAAAGGAAGAUUAGAUUCUCAGCCCUUCUCUAAAAUGACUUUUUUAAAUUGAGCUUUAAUGCAAGGGAUGGCAGCCAUCUUUGUUUUGUUUUGUUUUGUUUUUAGUGAGGCAAUUGGGGUUAAGUGACUUGCCCAGGGUCACACAGCUAGUAAGUGUUAAGUGUCUGAGGCCAGAUUUGAACUCAGGUCCUCCUGAAUCCAGGGCCAGUGCUCCAUCCACUGCGCCACCUAGCUGCCCCGGCAGCCAUCUUUGGGAGAGACUCUUGGCAAAGACUUUUGCAACUUUAUGUAAAAGAUGGGGCUGACCUCUGCCUUGAGGCCCCACUGUCCACCCCUCCACUCCCAAGACCACCCCAGCCUGCCUGGGCCAAAUGUCCCAGUAGAUUUGUCCCCUUUGUUUGUUGCCAGGGCCCAGAGCAGACUCGGACCCUGCCCCAGAGGAACAGGCAAAAACUAGAGGUGCCGCCUUGUUGCUCUAUAACUGGCAUGUUGCUUUAGUCAUCCCAUAGCCCCUGAAUCAUGUGAAGGUGACCUUGACUCAUGACCCAAAGCUCUAUCCACAUUCAGUGUUCCUGCAUGUGCAUCCUCGGAUGGCCAGACUCCACUCAGCAGAUGGGAUGUAACUUCGUGUUUGGGGUUGACUUGGGGCUCAGAGUCUCAUCUUUAGACAGGAGCAGGAGCUGCUGGGCUUGUAGUCAGUGGGUCAUAGGGUGAAUGUCAUCAUCUGCAUGAUGAGCACUUACUUGGCCUUGGGUGUCCUUGCUUGUCCUUGCUCUUGGUUGGGUGUGUGUCCUGGGUUGGUGGGCUUCUCGAGGUACUGUGUCAAUAAAGUGGGACCAUCCUCUCUGCUUGUUUGCCUCUGUACUCUUCAGCUCAGUGGUUAAGAGGGACAGGAUGUAGAAGAGCAGUGUUGGCUUUGGAAGAGUUCAUUGGAUUGAAAGAGGAUGAGGAAGAGAGAAUUCCCAUGACCUCUCCCUUUGACCUCCAGGGGCCGUCAUGCUUUUCCUUGUCGAUUCUGUGGUCUGUGAACACCCACCAUGGAGCCGCAGGGGGGCCAUCUUGGGACAUUUCCUGCCCCGUUACAUGUGGCCUAGCCCUCAGGCACUGAUUCUACACAGUUUGACAGGCAGUUCCCAGGUGGCAACGGGGGAACAAGCAGCCCCAGUCUUGGAGCACACACUACCUUGGGCCUGACUUCGAGCCUGUAGCAUCUUUCUCUGGGGGAUCCAGGAUUUAAAUAAAGCAGUUUGGGCCCCUAGGAAUGGGGCCAGAGUGACAUGGGAGGAGGCUGGGCUAGCAGAGGACAAGCAAUGACAGAAGUGGGAGGCAGGGAACAUGGGAGGGGAGAUGAUCAGGCCUCUGAACACAAGCUUAUUACUUGGGCUGGACCUCUCAGGUCCUUUAGCUGUAAAAUUAUAGCUAUGCCUCAGAGGUUAAAUAGACACGGCAAAAAUGCCCAGGUGCCCCACACAAACCAGCACAUCAUUUUAGGUUGUGUUCAUUCCCAGAAUGCCAGAACCAAGUCAGUAAGACCACACCCAGAGGACCGGCUUCAUUUCUGGGUUCCACAUUUCAAGGACACAUGAGAAGCUGAAAAAGCAAGGGGCCCCUAACCAGAGUGAGGAGCCAAGAGACUAAUGAAGGGGUGGGUGAUGCUGAUCAGGAGAAAACUGGGCUGUUUUCAAAUAACUCCCUUCCUUCCCACUGGGACCCCCUCAACUGGAGACUUCCAAUAAAAGCUAGUUCUUUAGAUGGAAUUCCUCUGGCAUUUAUUGAUAGCUUCUGAGAGCCCUUCUCCACUUAGGUGCUAUAGUCAUCUCCAACUUAAGUUGGGGGAUCCCUAGAUGUCACCCAGUAGUUCCUACAGUUGUGCUUCAAACCCAGGUGAUCUGCCCAAGGAGAUAUGACUUGAGUUGUGCCUAAAGGCAGCGAGAAGCCUGCGCUAAUAUGGAGAGUCCUGGGUUAAUAAUUAUGUGUGGGGCAUAGUUCGAGAGCUGGGUUCUAUUCCUGGCUUCCCGGCUUCCCAUUUGGAGAGCCUAUUGUAAAUACCUUCAAUGGGCAGGCUUCAGCACGAUAGCCAUUCAGAUGUCUCAUAGGAUUGUCCAUAGAGACAGAAGGUGCUGGAGAGACCUUUUAGUUCAUUUUUCCUUCCUUUUAUGCAUGAAGCAAAACCAUAAAGGUUAAGCGGAGGUCUGUUAAGGUGGUGCCGUGGAUAAAACACUGGGUCUGUACUGAGUAAGGCGAUAGAUCAAAUCCAGCCUCGGUUUCUUUAUUUGUAAAAGAGGCUGAUCCAAGGCUGUUGGGAGGAUCCUGUUUGUGGAGCCUUAACAGUGCUAGUUAUUCUGAGCUGUCUUCUGCCUUCAGAAGCAAGUUUAAUCCUAACUGACCUGGGUUGUGUUUUUUUUUUUUGGUUUUGUUUUUGGUUUUUUUGCAGGGCAAUGAGGGUUAAGUGACUUGUCCAGGGUCACACAGCUAGUAAGUGUCAAGUGUCUGAACUCGGGUCCUUCCAAAUGCAGGGCCAAUGCUUUAUCAACUGUACCACCUAGCUGUUCCCCUAACUGAUCUGAACACCCCCAACUUUUCUACUGAGUUCUCAUCUUCAUAAUGCCCCCUAGUUUGGUGUCCCCCAACGUUCUCUCAGGUCGCUGUUCUCUCUGUACUAGCUCUCCAUGAUCUCAUCCCUCUGGGGGUCGGUAUCUUUAUGCAGAUGAUUCCCAGGUUUCUGUGUCCAGCCUUCCGUGCUCUCCCUGAGCUCCAAGCCCAACAUCUAGAAGCAGAUAUUCCACAGCUUCCUAAAUGUAACGAAGUGUAUUCAAAACACACACACACACACACACACACUCCCCCUGGGUGUCCUCCAGGAUACCUUCAAGCCUCAAGGCUCUCCCCACUCCAACACAAGUGUGGAGUGCUACUAAGAAUAGCAUUUCUUGGGAAAUUAGCAGUUUUUAUGACUUCUAAAUCCCAAGAAAGAUCAGUUGGGAAACUGGGAAAAAAAGUAUUCUAGUUUUGUGAGAAGACAAUCAAGACUGAAAUGCCACUGGCUUGAAGGAAUCUGUGGUGAAAGUCCAGGACAGGAGCAGUAGGAGAAACAGCCUUGCCUGUAGCUGUUACCAGGUCCUAUGUGUGUGCCUGGGGGCCCUGUCAUUCUAAGAAACCAUUAAUGACUGUACACAUUUGCUUUAUGCAAAUCCUAUGAAUGGUAUAUACCAAGAAAUACCCGCUCCCCCCCCUCCCCAGGCAGUGAGGGUUUUACCUUGCCCAGGGUCAAGCAGCUAAUAAAUAUCGCGUCUGAAGCCAGAUUUGAAUCCAAGGCUGGUGAGGGCUGGUGCUUUAUCCACUGUGCCACCUAACUGCCCCCCCCCCCCGAAAUACUUUUAUAAAGGAAGUAAAACUCCCCAAUUGGCAGUUUUGACCCAUGCUCUACUGCUCGGCUGUUAGCCUCAUAGGAGGGCUGAAAGGUAAUAUUGAAUGCUGGUCAAUAGCAUUUGCUGGCAUUUCCCAGUAUUUGAAUAUUCUCUAUAGACUAGAGUUCUUUGAAAAUAAUAAAUACUAAGUUAAGUAGCAAACCCAGUUUUCAAGAUCCAUAAUAAGUUAAGCAUGUGAGAGAUGUUGGAAGUAAAUUUUUAAAGAUCAGCUCAUUUCAAGAUGCUUUAAAUCAUGGUUAAAACGUCAGUUCACAAUAGUACUGUUUAUUACUACAUCUUUUUUAACAGAAAGCCUUGUCACAGAAAUGAUUCAUUUAUGGUCACGCAUUAUUUAAAGCAUUAAAAUACAGAAUAUCCUAAGAUUUGGGGAA